GGCUGAACAUACAUCAUGAACCAGCUGCUGUGUCUCUCCCCUCCAGCUGAACUCCCUCCCCCCUACACAGCCAUCGCCAGUCCCGACCCAGGGGGGGUACCCGUCAUCAACUGCCGGGUGUGUCAGUCUCUCAUUAACCUGGAUGGCAAGCUGCAGCAGCACGUGGUGAAGUGCACUGUGUGCAACGAGGCCACGCCCAUCAAAAACCCACCGACUGGGAAGAAGUAUGUACGCUGUCCCUGUAACUGCCUCCUCAUCUGCAAAGACUCAUCUAGGAGGAUAGGAUGUCCCAGACCCAACUGCAGACGCAUCAUCAACCUGAGCCCGGUGAUGGUGAUUCCAGAGGAGCAGCCGGCCCAGCCAGCCCUGCCAGUCCAGCCUGAGGGCACGAGGGUGGUCUGUGGCCACUGUGGAAACACCUUCCUCGGUAACGAGGACUCUGCCACGGCCCCUCCUGAUCUCCAUGACAACAGCACCUCCACAGACCAGUGGAUGGAGCUCCGAUUUAACACGCUAGCAAAAUGCCCUCACUGCAAAAAAAUAUCGUCUGUGGGUAGUGCUCUUCCAAGGAGGCGUUGUUGUGCCUACAUCACUGUGGGAAUGAUCUGCAUCUUUGUCGGAGUGGGAUUAACAGUGGGGACUCAGGACUUUGCCAGUCGUUACCAUGCCACCUAUGUGUCCUGGGCGUUCUCCUACCUCCUGGGUCUGAUCUGUCUGAUACGAGCUUGUUACUGGGGCGCCAUUAAAGUCAGCUAUCCAGAGAACAGCUUUUCCUAGACAGACAGACCAUCGAAGUCAGCUAUCCAGAGAACAGCUUUUCCUAGACAGACGGACGGACAGACGGACGGACAGACGGACGGACGGACGGACCGUUGUACUGUGUUUCUCCCUUUUAGUUGUUUAUGUUGUUAUUAUUCAGAUGAAGACGGAGGUCAGUCUGGUCCAGUCCUGAUCCAGGAGAAAACAGAAAUCCAGCCCUGGUUUUGUAAUUAACUCUGAAAACUUUAUUUUUAUUUUUUAAUGCAGAUCAGGAAUUGAGAUCUUUAUAAUUGUUUAAUUGGUUUGAUUUAUCAUAUAUAGUGAUGUAAUUAACAUUGAAACUGGACUUUGAUAAAUAUGAUUUUAAUAGGAAGCCGGACAGCUGGGCGGUUUCUCUCCUGGACCAGGUAAAGGAUUUGACUGACUGACAGAUAUGGCGUUCCCAACCAGACCAAAUUAAAUUAACAACCAUUUUGACAAUUGCACUACAAUUAUAUUCAAUUAUUCUGUUCAGUUGCUGCUAGUUACCCCAGCUCCAAAAGCUGUCUCUCCUCUCUCUCCAUACUGUAUGUAAUCCUAGUAACGCCCUCAGUACUGGUCCUGAUGUCUAAUACUCUGAAAGGAUCCCCUUUUACAUCUCUCUCUCUCUCUCCAUACUGUAUGUAAUCCUAGUAACGCCCUCAGUACUGGUCCUGAUGUCUAAUACUCUGAAAGGAUCCCUUUUUACAUCUUCCUCCUUAAAGCCGUGUGUGCCAACGCUGAUGCCCAAGUACAUUUCCCAAGUAUGUUUCAGUUCAAACCCCCGAGCUGACAAGGUACAAAAUCUGUCGUUCUGCCCCUGAACAGGCAGUUAACCCACUGUUCCUAGGCCAUCAUUGAAAAUAAGAAUUUGUUCUUAACUGACUUGCCUAGUAAAAUAAAGGUUAAAAAAAAUAAAAAAUACCUUCACUAUACUGUUAUCAUGUCCUAGUGUCUCACUCUGCCUUCACUAUACUGUUAUCAUAUCCUAGUGUCUCACUCUGCCUUCACUAUACUGUUAUCAUGUCCUAGUGUUUCACUCUGCCUUCACUAUACUGUUAUCAUGUCCUAGUGUUUCACUCUGCCUUCACUAUACUGUUAUCAUGUCCUAGUGUUUCACUCUGCCUUCACUAUACUGUUAUCUUGUCCUAGUGUUUCACUCUGCCUUCACUAUACUGUUAUCAUGUCCUAGUGUUUCACUCUGCCUUCACUAUACUGUUAUCAUGUCCUAGUGUUUCACUCUGCCUUCACUAUACUGUUAUCUUGUCCUAGUGUUUCACAGCAUACCUAACUCCUUCACCAUCGUCAAUAGCCUUCUCAUCAUUGGCUGUUCUCAUCAUGAGAUGUUGUUUUAAACACACUAUACAUGUUGUAGUUUUACAUUCUGUUUCUGAUUCAGAAAGGAAAGGUACUGUUGAAAUGUUCUGGGCCCAAAAACACCCUAAGGCUUUAGUUCAUGGCCCAAAAACCCCCUAAGGCUUUAGUUCAUGGUUAGAACCAUAGGAUGCUUUUGGUAAACCGGGCCCCUUAUCAUUAUCCUUACCUGUCCAGCUCUCCCACCUCAGCUACUAGAAUGUAGCUGACUUCCUACUUAUUGCCUGAUUGUUUCCUGAAGCCAGUGAAACCUAGCUAGUGUUGCGGUAGAUAUGCAAUCCUGUCUAUAGACAAAAUAGGCACAAUCUCUUAACUAAUCUUGUUCUGAAUGUGAUGAUGAAACAGACGUCUCUUCUUGUACAUAGUUAAUUCACCGCAUUGAAACUGAGGAUUGGAAUAAUAAAACAUUUAAAAAACAUAAUUUAUCAAUAAAAUUAACAA